GGGUUCGCCCGUCUCGGGGAGCCACAGAUCUCGCUCCACCAGCUCUCCUGCCAGCUCUCACACUCCAGGCACCGCAGCACCGAUCCUCCGAGCUCAGCCCCAUGGCCCGCACCGCCACCGCCUCUGCUGCACCCCGCGCUCCCGGGUUCCUCCGGGCCGCGCUCCUGCUCCUGCUCCUGGUCGCCGCCUGCCGGCAAGCUGCAGCGGCACCUAUGGUCCUCGCAGAGGAGACCGUGGUCAAUGAACUGCGCUGCCAGUGCUUGGAGACCUUGCCGGGAAUUCACCCCAAGAACAUCCAGAGUGUGAAGGUGACGUCCCCAGGACCCCACUGCGACCGAACAGAAGUCAUAGCCACUCUCAAGAAUGGACAGAAAGUUUGUCUCAACCCCGCAUCCCCCGUGGUUAAGAAAAUAUUGGAGAAGAUGUUAAACAAGGACAGCUCCAACUGACCAGACGAAGCAGGAAGUGGAUUGGUGGCUCUACCUGAAGCAGGCCCUGCCCUACAGAAAUCGAAGAGGAUAAAGAGGAAUCAUCAGCCCCCAAAGUCACCUUGAUUGGACUUACUAUGUUUGAUCAUCUCUUAGGAGACUUCUUCUACUUAUUUAUUUAUUUAUCGGUUGUUUUCAAAUAUUCUAAGUUAAUAUUUUACAUGUGAAAUCAUUAAGGAUGUCAUUGCCUCUACUUGGGCAUUGUACUGUUAUUUUUAUUGUUUAUAUUAUGGCAAACCCAACUUGAUACGAUUCUGAUUCUUAUUCAGUUUGAAGGUAAAAUGUUUGCAAAUAUUCUCUAGCCAUUAAAGUAACAUUUCUGAGGAGCCCACAGCAAGGUCAGCUGCUAUGAUAGAGGAUGGAGGAUCCAAGCAAUAAUUAGUAAGGGUAGGGUAGGGGAAUGUAUGUGUGCAUCUAUUUUUGUGUUUAAAAGAAUGUCAGUUGUUAUUUAUUGGAACAAUUUCACAAUAUGUGGUCAACAUUUCUAAUGUUGAAGCUUUAAGAACUAAAUAUCCCUUGGACAUUUCAUGUCUUUCCUGUAAGGCAUAAUGCCUUGGUUAGUGUCAAUUAUGCAAUAUUUAUGUUCUUUUGUCUUAAGACAAAAAGGUUUAAGUAUUUAUUGAUGGUUUUGUGAAAAAAGAACAUAAAUAAAAUAUUUCAAAAUAAA